AUGGCAGAAUCGGUGAGGAAUCAACCAACUCAAUUUCACUAUUUCUAUCGGGAUCAGGCUAACGGUCUUUCACCAAGGUACACUGGUAUCUUUUUGACAGCUAUAGAUAUGGGUCGCAGUUUAUUACAUUUCGUUCAUCAAAAUAAAAAUGAAUCAUCGGGAAUGGGACACGACGUGUUACAAAUAAAAAAUGUCGAGAGUGGUAUACGUAUUACGAAAAUUCGUUCCGAACAGAUUCACUUGAAAUUUUCGCAAUUAGUUAUGGAUCCAAGUGGCGCUUAUGCAUUCUACGUGAUUCCUGAGAAAGAUGAACAGCAAGCCGUUUAUCAGACGAAAGUGGACUACCCAAAUUUUACUCUUGAUGCUCAAAAGUCAUUUCAAGAAACAACAAAAAUAUUCACCGUAAAUCAGUAUGACCGAGUAUUUCCAAUAGAUGGAAACGUCCUUCUUGUAUGGAAAUUUGCAGGCGAGAAAAGAAGCGUAUGGUUGUAUGAAGGAAGCUGUACAGGAAAUUCGCAAAGGAAAAGCUCAUUUCAUCAAAUUGGUUGCAUUUUAUCUGGAGUAAAUGAUCCAGUUGGGCAAUUAUCAAUCAAAAUUCAUCGAAUUCGACGUCAAUUAUAA